UCCGCAAUAUCGCGCGAGGAGAGAUAUAAAGGGCGUCGAGACUGACGCGCUGGCAAUCACAUCCCGCCAUUGAGACUGGAUACGUUACCAUGCGCCACUUCUCCAUCUUCCUCGCCAUCCUAGCCCGCCUUGGGUCGGGGGUAGUUGCUCAGAAUGUUGCCAAUCAAAAGAUCGAGCAGCUCCAAGCUGAUAUGAAGGACACCAACGGCCAGAUUGACACCACCGACAAUGCAGUCCCGGCCAAUACCUCCAAUUCGCUUCGAGCUGGCCCACGAGGCUACAAUCUCCUCGAGGACACAUCAGUCCGCAAGAAAAUGAUCCACUUCGAUCGUGAGCGGGUCCCCGAGCGCGUUGUCCACGCACUUGGCCAUGGUGCAUAUGGUCAGUUUGAAUCCUACGGAGACUGGAGCAACCUGACUAUGGCUUGCUGGUUGCAAGAGGGAGCCGUCAGUGAAGCGUUCACUCGCUUCUCCGUCGUCGUGCCAAGUAUGGGCGGAAGCGAGAAUGGAAGAGAUACGCACGGCUUUGCCACGAAGAUUUACAGCCAGUGCGGUAAUCAGGAUCUCGUGGGCAAUCACGUCUCAUCCUUUUUCAUCGACGACGGCGCCGCCUUCCCCGAUCUUAUCCACGCCGUGAAGUACGAGGCCAACAAGGGGUUUCCGACGGCCGGCACGGCUCAUGAGACUGCUUACGACUUCUUCAAUCUCCAUCCGGAAGGCGCUUUCCAGCUGAUGAAUGUGCUCUCUGAUCUGGGAAUUCCUCGUGAUGUCCGCCACAUCGCCGGCAACGGCAUCCACACCUAUCGCUUCAUCAAUGCUCAAGGCAACUCGACGCUCUUCAAGUGGUAUUGGCAGCCGGUGCUAGGCCUUCGUUCUCUCAUCUACGACGAAACACAGAAGCUGCAGGGAAAGAACAACAAUUUCAUACGCAUCGACAUGUACAACAACAUCGCGGCUGGCAUCUACCCUGAAUGGGAGUUUGCAGUGCAGCUCUUCCCCGAUGAUGGAACGUAUAUGUACCAGGGCUACGACCUCAUCAUCCCUACCGUCAUUGUUCCGUUCGAAGUCAACCCACCCAUCAAAUUGGGAAAGCUGACACUGAACCGCAAUCCAACCAACUUCUUCGCUGAGCCCGAGUCGGUUUCAUUCGCACCAUCGAACGUAGUCGAUGGAGUCACCUUCGUGCCGGACCCGCUCCUUCAAUGGCGACUCAUGGCGUACGACGAUACAACAACGCACCGGCACGGCUCGCCAAACGGCUACACCCUGCCGGUCAAUCGCCCCAUUGCUCCAUUCAACAACAACUAUCGCGACGGCUACAUGCAGCCAUACCUCUACGAGGGAGACUCGACCUCAACUCCCAACGACAUCGGCGGCGUUCAGGAACCUUCGCAGAAUCAAACGCUUGAAUACAUCACCGCGGGGGCAACGGCUGGGUCGGGCCCGAUAGGCAGAUACCGAGCUCAGUACGACUGGUACGGCCAAGCCCGGACGUUCUGGGGCGCCAUGGAUAUCUACGCUCGGCAGCACACGGUCGACGCGUAUCGCUUCGAGCUUGGCAACAUCGGUGUCCCGGCGGUGGUGCAAAGAUACGUUGACCAAACUCUGAACAAUAUUGACAACUGCCUCGCCCGCCGAGUCGCCUACGGUGUAGGUGCAGAGAUGCCAGCUAUCGGAUCCGGACCGACGACGAAUGUCACCAACAGCACCACGCCUUACCCAAGCUUAUACCCACUGAACCCCGGCCAGGAGACAAACAAGAGCAACGCAGGUCUCACCGUUGCUGUGGUAGCAGGAGACAACAUGUUCGGCCCCGCAGACAUGCAAGCCAUGAUGCCGCUGCUCUCCGCGCAGCAAGUCGGCCUCGCCGUCGUAGCACCACGUAUCGGCACGCUGCAGAGCGGCGUGACAGCCAACGCGUCCUUCACCACCACCAGCAACCUCUUCUACGACGCCGUGUUCUUCGGCUCCAUCCCAACUCGACCAUUGCGCUGACCAACGGCCCCAACAACAAUGCCAUGGCGUUCGUCAUGGAGGCGUAUGGACACGGCAAGGCGAUUGGUGCGCUUGGGUCCACGGGCCAGAGUGCUCUUGUGGCGCUGGGCAUCGCGGGUCAGCCGGGUGUCUA